GCGCCAGAACAGUUGAGUUCAGUCAGUGGUGUGUUAACUUAUCCACUUCCCAGCACUUAGCUCAGUGCCCUCCUCAGCCUCUCGCUUUGCUCUCUCCCGACGCGCACGUCCUCCGCGCUCCGAGAAGCCAAGCCGAGAAGCGCCGAGGCAGAGAGGGCCAUGGCGUCCAUCCCGUGCACCUUCCAGCUGAGCGCCAAGACGGCGGCGUCGAGGAGUGUGUCGCCGCGGGCGGCGGCGCAGGGGCUGCGGACGCCGCUGCUGGGCUCGGGCGCGGCGCGGCGCGGGCUCGGGUGGCUGCGGCCGUCGCGGCUGAGCCGGGUGGUGCCGGCGAGCGAGAGCGGGCGUGUGGGGCCCACGUGCUGGUUCAGGUUCGGGAACAAGGACGCCGAGGGCGCCGGCAUCUACGGCAGCCAGGCCAGGGACGACUUCGACCGCGACGACGUCGAGCAGUACUUCAACUACAUGGGGAUGCUGGCGGUGGAGGGCACCUACGACAAGAUGGAGGCACUGCUGAACCAGGACAUCCACCCGGUGGACAUCCUCCUCAUGCUGGCCGCCUCCGAGGGAGACAGGCCCAAGAUCGAGGAGCUGCUCCGCGCCGGCGCCGAGUACGACGUCAAGGACGUCGACGGCCGGACGGCGCUCGACCGAGCCUCCGAAGAGAUCAGGGAGUUCAUCCUUGGAUUCGCCACCAAGAAGGCCUGAUCAUCAUCCCCUCCUGCUCUGAUGGAGAUCUGUGGAUGGAUAUGGAUGGAGGUUCUUUCGGUGUAAAUUUUCGUUCCGUUUCCUGGGGCUGGUACUUGGUAGGGAGUUAGCCGGGAGAUUCACAAGCUGUUUGCAGAGGUAGCUUUCAGUAAUUAUCACUUCAUCAAUAUCUUGCGUUCUUACUGCGUUCUGAGUGGUGUUGGACCUGCCACUGCCCAUUUAUGAAACCAAGCUCAAACAAAUUGCAUUGUCAAA